UUUUAAGGAAAUAAUAAUAAUGGAAACAGCCUCCCACUUAACAUUUUUUCCUUUCAAACCCAGUGGAAGUCGUGAAAAUUUAUUAACUGCAGAUUCGGAUAGAGGAAGUGGAAUUUGAAGCAAUGAGUUAUAGAAGGGAUCACCGCUCUUCAAAAUCAGCUCUAUUUGAUGGCCUUGAUAAUCUUGAAGAAGGUGGUCUAAGGGCUUCUUCAUCUUUCUCUCACGAUGUUAAGGAGCAUGACAAUGGCAAAGCUAUAGAGAGCUUGCAUGACAGAGUUGCUUUUCUGAAAAGAUUAACAGGUGAUAUACAUGAUGAAGUGGAGAGUCAUAAUCGUAUGCUUGACCGGAUGGGCAAUGGCAUGGAUGCUACAAGGGGCAUAAUGUCUGGCACCAUGGAUCGGUUCAAGAAGGUGUUUGAGAAGAAGUCCAACAGGAAAAUGUGUACACUGGUGAUGGCCUUCGUGGUUUCCUUCUUAAUAAUAUACUAUCUCUUUAGGAUGCUUCGAUAUGUCCGUGGUUGAAGAAACCACAACAUUCUUGGAAGUUUGGUCCAUAUAUGAGAACCGAAUGUCAGUCAAAGGCACCAAAAAAAAUCCCAUUUCUUUUCUUGAGAAUACGGUUGCUCGCCGUUUGCUAGCACGGUAGUUCAUUAUAAGAAGAAAUUCUAAUCGCAGUUCAACUGGUUUAAGGCAGGCAGUCCCCCACCCCACCCCCCCCCCCAAAAAAAAAAUAAAAAAUAAAAAACAUUUGAAUGUUGUAAUGUUGAUUUCUGCAGACAAUUUUUUUUUUUACCAAAGCAGUAAAAAAAGAAAAAAAAUGAGAAUUGAAAUUUAGAUAUAUAGCAUAUAUAUAGCUCCAAUUGUAGUAACAUGUUAACUAUGUUAGACUAAAGUUCAUUAAAUUUCAUGCAAUGCAACGUCCAUGACUGAUAAAGAUUAAAA